AUGACGACUGAAAGACUGCUCAUGCCACCUUCCAAGAAGCACUCUAACUCAAGCCUAAUGAUGGUUCAGCAAAAGUUGUUUGCAAUUGUAUAGAGGAAAUAAACUAUCAGAAACCCAGUGAUUGGAAAUGAUUUAGGGAAUUAACAUAGAAAUGAUUAAUAUUAAAUAAUGAAUAAGUUUACACUGAAGUUCUUUAACUCAUAAUUAGAACUCUAAUACCAAAAUGAAAAAAUUGGCAAACUCAGGAAACCUGUGUUUUAUGUGUUUAUGACACUUGGCUUAAUUCUCAAUGUCUUGAAAGUCCUCCUCGAUUUAGGUAAGUUGUCACCACUCAAUCAAUAUAUUAAUUAUAUUCUGAUGGCUUUAGCUGUGGUUUUGAUUGUGAUUAGCGUGAAAUGGCCUCUUUACAUUAGAUACACUCUUUUGAUUGCAAAUAUUUCAAGUGCCUUGCUUUAGUUGAAUUUUCCUGAAAACACUAAAUCAUAAUUUUACUAUAGUUACGGGAAUAAUUUUAUGUAAUUUUAAGCCUGUGCUUAUUUCGUCUCAGAUUUUUUAGAUAGUGUAGUCUAAGUCAUAUGUCACACCAUCAUUAAACUCAUUAUAACAAUCUAAACAACCUAACAUGUUGAUCCAUAAGAUGUUCUUAUGGGAAUAGGUGCUGCCAUCAUGAUCAUCAUUGUCAUUUAUAUUUGUGAUUCCAAUGCUAGAAACGAGUUCCUCUCCAAAAUUUGCCAGACUCUCUGGCAUUAAUAAUUAUCAGAACUUAUCAGAUCUCCUUUCUUUCAAGUCACCUAUUGUCAAAGAAUGCUUUAAUUUAAUUUUCUUAAUGGCAAAGAUAUAAUUCACUUCCCUUUAUAUGACGAUCAGCUCUGUAAUGGGUGCAAUAUGAGAAACUUUUUAAGGCACUAUUAGUUCCAAGGUUAAGAAUUAGAAUAGUUCUUGAUUAAAAACUAAGAAGGUACUCUUAAAAUAAAACUUUCUAAACAUAAAUUUAAUUUGAGAAUUGUCAAUGUCGGCAUUGAUAAAAUCAACAAGAUCAUUAUCUUAGAUGAUCAUUAUUCCUAAAAUAUUACUCUUGCUUCUGAUAUCAAAAAACCUAUUAAAAUCUAUAUCUAGCAAACUUCGCACCAUAAUUAUCAGUUUUUCUUUAAUUGGGGAAUCAUUUCUUUGUUACUUAUUAAUGAUAAUACCAUUUAAGAAAUUUCAUUGGCUAAGAUUUUAAGUCGUUUCAAUUCCAAAUUUUCCUCAUUAUCAAAAAUCAAAUUUCUGUUUAAAGGGGAUAGUACUCUCACAUUUUUUAGUUACUCUAAUUUAAUUAGAGUCUAUUUAAUUCAAAUCUAUUAAAUCAUCAUGCAUUAUUAUGAAUCUCAAGAAAAAAAAAUAAAUCAAAAAAUUCCCUAAUCUAAACCUUUUUUAAUAGUAAUGAUAAUUUAUAAAGAUUGUGACUCCAUUGUGUUAUAAUUACCUCAAAUAAUCAACUCAUUUUUUUUCAUCAGCAAAUAUACAAAAAAUUUUUUCAUCGGAUAAAUUGAACAUAAGAUCCUAAACUCUCCAUUAACCGGUGAUCUGAAGAUCUCUUUCAAUACAAGUAUCCCUUUUAAAUAAUUCUGA